AUGUCGAUGGAUUUGCAUUUGGAUUUGCAAGAUUUAAAUCCAUCGACCUCUAACCUUUACCCAAACAUCCCUAGUCCGAGGCCUAGCCCAAGGCCAACAUCGUCCCAACAUGCUUCGAACCAUCCAUCACCCACCACACCCACCGCCCCAUUCCCAUUGUUUGGGAGCCCUAAUACCACCAUCUCAUCCACCGCCGCCGUGUCUCCUCCCCCCUUCAAAGGAUCCUUCCACCGGCGAGCCCUCUCUGAGGUCACUUUCAGAAUUCAUGAAGAUGUGGUUGACCCAUUCAUUGAUUUUCCCCCUAUGAGCAAUGAGGAUAUUGGGUUCGAGGAGGAUUAUUUUUCGACCUACAUUGAUGUCAAAAAGCUUAGUGAAGGUGGGUCAGUUGAUGGAGGUGGUGAGGGAGAAGAGAACGACAGUGGUGGUGGAAAUGGAAAUGGCAACAACGGUGGCAGUGGUGGUGGCGGGGAGGCAGAGAAGGAUGAGGAGGAAAAGAAUGCGAGACAGCCUCGUCGUCGGCAUAGGGUUUCGAUGGAUUGUGAGAUGGGGGAGUCUAAGAAGGCUAUGCCUCCAGAUAGGUUGGCUGAGCUUUGGGUUAUUGAUCCUAAGCGCGCUAAGAGGAUUGUGGCAAAUCGUCAGUCCGCGGCACGCUCUAAAGAGAGGAGGGCUCGCUACAUUCUAAGACUUGAGCAAAAAGUUCAGUCCCUUCAAAGAGAAGCGAUCUCUCUUGCUACACAACUAACAUUAUAUCAGAGAGACACAACAAGUCUGACUGCUGAAAACACAGAGCUCAAGCUUCGACUACAGUCCAUGGAACAUCAAGCUCAGUUGCGCUAUGCUUUGAAUGAGCAAUUGAAGGAAGAAGUUGGAAGGCUCAAAUUUGCCACUGGGGAAAAAAUGACCCAUUCAGAGUCACUGAAUGCUGAAUUACGCCACAUUCUCUACAGCCCAUCAAGCUCACAAUCAGCCUAUCUUCAACUUCCUCCGUCACCAGUAUCUACUAGCCAUCAGAACAGGCUGUUGCCACCAUCCCAAGGCCCACAACCGAGCAUGUCACCCUGCCAUUUGCAUCCUGGAAGUCCCCGGACUCAUUCUAAACUUUUGCACAACCAUUUUGGUCGCUUUCAAGGGCUUGAUAUCUAUAACAGAGGAUAUAUUGAAAAGGCUCAAUGUCUAGCAAUCUCUCCAUCAACUGUAUGUGCAUCUACCAGUGAAAGUAGUAGCACCACGUAUUAA